CCAAAAGCAAAGAGUUUUAUUAAACAUAACCGAGACGUCUAAAGACAAAUGGUGGUUGAACGAGCCGUUCCUCAUUCCUCCACGGGGUGAUAGGAGAGCGCCAUGUUGCCAGGAAGGCGGAGCUUUAUUCUGGAGCACUGGCCCAGGUGUCUCCAGUUUGCAAUCUCCGGGAUCCUGCCAUUAAAGGGACACACACACAGAAACCAGUAACAUGGCAGGGAACCGUCACACACCUGCUAUCACAAAACAAAGACAAGCAUGAUUAUGCUCUUAUCCUGCCGUCCUUAAACGUUACAGAGAAAUUAGUUUGGAAGAUCAAGAUAUGUUCAUCAGAUGAGAUCAGAUCUAGACUGAUGAAAAGCAUCAGAAUGUUGAUAUAUUAGAUAUUGAUACCCAUUGCUGGUUUAAGAUCAGAGAUGGUAUUGGCUACAGUGGGCGACUGUGGCUCAGUGGUAGAGCAGGGUUGUCCUUCAAUCAGAGGCUCAGCGGUUUGAUCUCUGGCUUGAUGUGUCCUUGGGCGAGACAGUUAACCCCAAAUGAAUAAUUAGAUAGAGCCCUGAUGGGCAGGUGGCACCUUGCAUGGUAGCUCAUGUCAUCAGUGUAUGAAUGGGUGUGAAUGGUGAAUGAUGACAUGUAGUGUUAAAGAGCUUUGAGUGGUCGGAAGACUAGAAAAGAGAGAAACGAGUACAAUACCAUUUAAUAAUAUUCUUAUGAUGAUAAUUAUAUUACAUGUUCUUUACUUAAGGUCAUUGGUUUCUCUUGAUGUGAAAGGACCUGACCCCCCCCACCCUUGUUAACACAGUGUUGUUGUUGUUGUUGUGUUGUAUCAGGACAUGUUGAAGAACACUCCAAAGACCCACACCGACCGGCUGCCACUGCAGCUGGCUCUCACUACGCUGGAGACUCUGGCCGAGAAGCUCAACGAACAGAAGCGUCUGGCUGAUCAGGAGGCUGAGAUCCAGCAGUUAGCACACAGUGUGGGGGACCGCAACCUCAGCAAGCUGCUGAACUCGGAGCAGCGGCAGUGGAUUCAGUGUGAACUGCUCACUGAAAUAGUUUAUGGUGAUAAAGGUCAAGUUGUCAAGUCGAAGGAGCGGAAGGUCUUCCUCCUCAACGACACCCUGAUCUGUGCCAAUGUUAACCUGAAGGGUCCCCCUGACAUCAGCAGCCUGGUUCCUGUUGGUCCUAAGUACACGGUGAAGUGGUGUGGCCCCUUGCUGCAGACUCAGGUGGUGGAGGUGGGACAGGACAGUCACCAGAGAAGGGACAGUGUCAUCACAGCUAGACGCCACAGCUCCACCUCCAGCACCACUGGUAAAUCCACAGCUCCACACCCACUACACACACUGACUUAAUGCAGAUCGUAUAUACUCUAUAUCUAUACUCUUAUGUGUGUGUGUGUAUGUGUAUGUGUGUGUGUGUGUGUGUGUGUGUGUGUGUGUGU